CUCACAGGCUCCGGGACCUGCCCCGGGGGCGGGCGGGCGGCGGAACGCGUUGCGCGGGGCCUCGUUGCGCGGGGAAGGCUGCGCGGCGGCACCAGCGGCCAUGGCGGUGGACAUCACCCUGCUCUUCAAGGCCAGCGUGAAAACGGUGAAAACCCGCAACAAGGCGCUGGGAGUGGCGGCCGGGGACAGCGCCAGGGAUGAGCUGCUCAAGCGCGGAGCUGCCCGCUCCAAGAGCGACUUCACUGGCCGGGCACGAGAGGUGAUUUCCAAUAUUGGGAAGCUGAAAGAUUUUCUUCUGCAGCACAGAAAGGAUUACAUUAAUGCUUACAGCCAUAUUAUGUCUGAAUACGUGAGGAUGACUGAUACAGAACGUGAUCAGAUAGAUCAAGAUGCUCAGAUAUUUAUGAGGACAUGUGCAGAUGCCAUCCAUCAGCUGAGAACAGAAGCACACAAGGAUGUCCAGUCUUCUCAGGUGAAGGAGCACAGAACAGCUGUCUUAGACUUCAUUGAAGAUUACUUAAAAAGAGUGUGUAAGCUGUAUUCUGAACAAAGAGCCAUCCGAGUUAAGCGACUGAUAGAUAAGAAGAGACUGUCCAGACUUGAACCUGAGCAAAGCAACAUUUCCAAAACACCUCUUUCUCCUGAAAAAAAUUCACAGAAUCCUUUAGAUGAUUCUGAAGAAAAACUUUCUUCAGAGGAAAGCAAAGACAGGAAUCUGCCUGAUGCUCAGUCUAACCUUGGAUUAUGGGGGGAUGGCAAAGGAGAAGAUGAACUGUCACCUGAAGAAAUACAAAUGUUUGAACAGGAGAACCAGAGGCUUGUUGGUGAAAUGAAUAAUCUGUUUGAUGAAGUCAGGCAAAUUGAAGGAAAAGUGGUAGAAAUCUCCAGAUUACAAGAGAUAUUCACUGAAAAAGUCUUGCAACAGGAAACUGAUAUUGACAAUAUCCAUCAAUUAGUUGUGGGUGCAACAGAGAAUAUCAAAGAAGGCAAUGAAGACAUAAGAGAGGCCAUCAAAAACAAUGCUGGAUUUAGAGUAUGGAUCCUCUUUUUCCUUGUGAUGUGUUCAUUUUCCUUGCUUUUCCUGGACUGGUAUGAUAAUUAAAAAUAUAAAAUUGUCUUCAUGCUUCAUAAAGCUUUUGACAUUUUUUUCCUAUGGAAGGGGGUAUAUGACAUACCUGUAUAUUUUAUGUAUUUUUUUGUGCUGCUGUGAUGGAAAUAUUUUCCAACAAAUAAGCACAUGCAUAUGUUCGUUGCCGCAGAGGGAGACGAUAGCAUUCAUUUUAUCAAAUGUGAAACCACACUGAAUCCUGCACACUUCAACCUUUGAAAGAGCUGGUAAGAAAGGUACAAGCUGGAGCAUAGCUAAAGGGGUAAAAAAUAGAUAAGUAAAUAAAAAGUUGUUAUUGUCAUUCACCUACAAUACUUAAAGUCCAGCUCUCAGUGCGCAGAACAGGUCAAGAGAAAAUUGUUGUUGUGCAAAAGCAUCUACACUCUUUCAGGCUUUUAUUUAAUCACUCCACUUCAGUACACAGUGAUCAUUUUGCAGAUGUAUGACCUCUAUUUCUAAUUCUUGACAACUAUUUUAGCAAUCACGAUGAUUUAAAAAUUAAAAAAAAAAUAAAAGCUAACAAGCUUUACUUGGGGGUGCAAAGAGAUAAUAAUAGUGCCGAUUGUGAAAUGGAGGUUCUGAGACAUCAGAACAAAGCCAAAGGACAGACAAUAUUAAAGGCAAACUCUUUGAAGUACUAAAAUUGGAAGCAAUUUGGUAACCAAAAAAAGGGGUCUCAAAACCAACUGUAGAUAAGAAUCAAACAUGUUAAGUCAGAGGGAAAAACUGCUUUUGACUCUUGACUUAAUUGCAAAGCAAUCAGUGUCCUACAUCCUAGGCUUGGUAUUUUUUUAAAUGUUCACUGUCAUGAGAGCAGUCAGUUCUUUCCCAUCAGUAUUUACUUGUGCAUUGAAGCUGUUUAUUGUGCUAUAUUUAAGGGGAGGAAGAUGUAUCAUGAAUCAUUUCUAUGUAGGACAGUCUUGGGAAAGAGAUCUUUUUUAUCUUGUAAAAUCUGAAUGGCCUCCGUAAAAAAAUACGGUGAUAAAUGUGUUUUGCUAUCUCUCUUCUGACUUGUGUAUACCUAUACAUUAUAUGCAACAAGCUGUAUCAUUCUUUACUCUGCACAGAGUGAAAAUGUCAAAAGUUAGAUAUUACAUCCAAUAGAGCAUCUGCCUACAAGAAAAUACAAACACGUAGUUUUGGGUAUGUGAAUAUGUGGCCUGUAGUUUUGAAAUGUGAAGGAAACUUUGGCACGUAACUUAUUGCUUUUAUGCAUUCCACAUACCCUGACUUAAUAAAAAUUCUUUUACAGAUAUCACUUGCAUACUUCAUAUCAAAUCUAUAGAACUAAGUAAUAAUGGUUAUUUUUACUGUAUUGCUUAAAAAAAA